AUGGGAGAAGUUCACGUUGGCGGCGGGCAGUGCAACGUCCCCGAACAUGAGAUUAAGCAGAAUGCAGGCGUGUCGGCGCAAAUGGCGCUCCAGGCGGGACAGAAGGCGUGGGAGCUGAGGCAAGCUGCGCAUGGCGCGGGCGACGCGAAAGCAAGAGAAGAGAUUCUAGCGAAGGCGAUUAAUAAAGAGAUUGAAGCAGAGUCAUUCGGAAAGGCGGCAAAAUAUACACAGUCGGGUGCUUUCCAAGGUCUCGCCGCUGGUGCCGGAUUGGGAGUGCAGCCAGGUGUCACCAUUGGAAAGCUGACCGGCGCGCUCGUUGGCGGCACAGUAUCCACAGUGACUGGGCUGCUGGGAGGUGGCAUUGGAUCAGUCUAUGGCGCGAUGAGCGGCCCAAUGUGGGAUCUUGGACAGAUGGCAAGUCAGGGGGUUCAGGGUGUUGUUGGCGACUUCCUCCCGGAUGUCAAGUCAACGCCAUCGCAAAAGAAAGCCCUGGAGAAGAUGGUUAUGCAAACCAAGGAAACGCAGGCACCAUCUAAAGAAGAACUAGAACAGAUGAAGAAUGACGCACCGGAUAUGAUGCCGCAGACUUGGUCGCAGUCCGCGAAAGACAUGACUGCUUGGAGACCGAGCAUGCCGUCGGCAGUGAAGAGUGCGGGGGCUGGAAUUGCAGGAGUUGGAGCUGCGAUGAACCCUUGGGGAGGUGGAGGUCAACAGCAGCAACAGCAGCAAGGCUCAUCACAACCCAAGCAACAGCCUCAGAAGCAAGCCCAACAAGCGCCGAGUCAACCCAAGCAGCAGUCUAAGCCCCAGCCUCAGAAAACCUCUCAAGCAAAGCCAUCGCAGCCGAAGACAAAUGGCACACAACCGCCAAAGCAAGAGAAGCCACCUUCAAACGAACCAGCGAAGGAAAUUCCCAAACCCCGUUCCCAACGCCCACCCACAACCCGCGGCCCCGCAAACCCCCAAUCCUCAACGCAAUCCACCCCGCCCUCCCAACAAAAGCAGACACCAAACACACAACAAACAUCGAUCAAGUCCUCGUCACAGAAAUCACCAUCCACGGCGAACAAAUCUGCAAAUGGAUCUGCUCAGCCGAAACGGGUGUCGUUUAGUGAUAAUAAAGAGAAUAACGCGCCGGCUGCGGCGGAGAAGCCGAAGAGGAAACCGAGGAAAUUGGGGCAGCAGGGUGGCGCUAGUGCUGGUAGUGGAGGAGGUGGUGGUGGGAACGGCGGUGCAGCGAAGAAGGCGCCGAGGAAGUUGGAGUCUAGGAAGCCUGCUGCUGCUGCAUAG